AUGGAAGGCGAGAGGCCUUCUGGGGCCUACCCUUCUCGCGUGGAGGUAGAGCGGGGCUCUCGGCGGCGCCGAGGGCGCCAGACGGGUUGUCUAGAUAGCCCGGUGUCUUCCACGUCUUCCGUUCCGCAGCCGAAGCGCGAGAGGCGGCGCCACGAGCGCCUUCAGGCUCGCCGAGGGCCCGAGUCGGAGGUUCCCCUAUCCCUUCCGACGGGCGUCGCUCUGGCGGCGAGUCAAGACGCUUCGCAGGUGUCUCCGCAGACCGGGGCGAGCAGGCGUGGGCAACUGAGCUCUGCGGGCCCGUCGUCGGUUUCUUCGCGGCAGAGGUCCGUGUGCGCGGCGGAGAACAGGGCGAAAGAUGGCGAAAAUGGAGAAGAGAAGAGUGCCGCGUCCUCGCGGAAGCGAAAGAUCGCAGACGUCGCCCUCAAAGACACGGAGGACGUCGCCAGGGUGACCCCGGCCAGGCGUUCGGCGCUUGUGGGCGCUGCCUCGCAAAGAAGAAAAGCGGCAAAGCGCGCAGCCAGAGGCGAGGUUUCGGCCCGAAGACGGUGCCGGAGAAAUGGAGUCGAGGCUGGCGGACAUGGGGCAGAGGAAGAUGAGGGAGAAGAUGGAGAACACAGAGACGGCGGGGCCGAAGACAGACAAGACUCAAGGAAGAGGAGCUCAGGGGACGAAGGGGCAAAUGCCGCAGAGGGGGAUAAAUUGCUAUCGGAGGACGGGGGAGAAGACGGGUUGCCGCUUUUGCCUUCGGGGCUUCCUUCUCUUCUUUCGGUCCCUCGAGCAACGCAGCGGAAGGCGGGCGAGGCGGUGUCCUCUUCGUCGCCUUGCUCGCGUAAGGCCGCGAGCGUCUCCGUCGGCAACGGAGAGGCGCCUGGAGACGGCGCACAGGCGUCCCCAGAACCCGAUACCGGACGAGAGUGCGAACUCACAAGUGAAAGCGGCAGCAGUGGGUCGGGUAGCAGUCGCCGGACGAGGUCUUCGAGGCGCAGAAAACAGGAAGAAAUGGAGGAAGGCAGCGGCGGAGAGACUCAGGCGGCAGCUCUAGAGUCUCUGGAAGAAGUCCAAAGUGAUGAGCCCCAAAGACAACUGCCGAGGCGGGGACUGAGGAGGAGGCAGCCGGCGCUGGCAGAGAAGGGCACAGACGGUCAAGGCGAAGGCGAACUGGAGAAGUCAGAAAGGUGGCUGCAGACGGCAGACGUUCCGGAACUUCCUUGCCAAGCUAAGAAAGGGAGACGGGGAGUCAGUGGCGAGGAGGCAAUCGACGCGGGUCCCAACAACCAGGAACGCGUUAAAUCCGCGACGCACGACGCCCCAGCUGCUUCUCGUCCGGCGCCCCUUCCUUCUGUGGCAGCUCGUCCCUCUGCUGCUCCCUGCGUGUUUUCAAACGAACCGUUCUGCUCGCCUUGCGUCUGUUCGCCUGUCUCUCUGUACAACUCGCCAAUGGCUGGGCACGCACCGUCGCCUGCGGCGGGGCCUCCGUCUCUGGGGUUUCCUUCUCCUCGCCGCUCUCACUUCUUCGAGCCGGUGUGCACUGGAGGUCGCGGGCGCUGGCGCCCCGGCGCCGACUCUGUCUCUCAGUGCACGCCGCAGACCUCCUUCCGCAAAGGGGACAGGUCGCGGGGUGUCGGGAGAGUGCAACGCGCGGGAGCGUACGAGUCGCCCCGGAGCAUGCCGAACGGCGCGGACCCCGGCAGAAGCGACACAGGGCCCCUGGAGGGGAGCCGCAGCGCGGGGCAUCCGCCGGCGGGUCGAAAGGAGACUCUGCGGCGGCGCCGGUCGCCCUCGCCUUGUGCGCGCCCCGCGAAUGUGGCUUUGAGUCGGAGAGGCAGUGAAAGCAGCGCGCUGAGCGGGAGUGCCCUCAUCGCGGUGACGGUCUCCUCCUUCCAGCACUUGCCCCCGCCUUUGUCUCCGUUCAAAGGGCCUCCGCGUCCCGGCGCGGCGGAGGCCGAGCGCAGGCGGAGAAGGCGGCAGAGGCGCGAGGAGGUGCAGCCAGAGGGAAGCCUCCGCGCGGAGGAAGCGCGCGGGCGCGAAACGAGCAAGGCGUCUGCCCCCAGCGGCGAAGUCCGAACGUGUGCGGGAAAGCCGGGAGAGACGGUCGACGACUUCUCAGACGACCUCUCUUCUCCGUGUCUGCCCUACUCACGCGAGGAAGAAGAGGAGAAGGCGCUCUUUCCGCACCCCCGCCGGCAAGCUCUGAAGCACGCGUGCUCCUCUGCCAGGAGCAGCUUAAGCAGACUCAGUUCGAGCAGCUGGCGCGGCGCCUUCUCGCCCUCUGCCGUGGGUCUGGGUCCUCCGGACGUGUGGGGCGCGUCGCCGUGUGCGAGCGACAGCAACUUCUUCGACGCCUCAGGGCGGAUCUCCGCCUCGUUCUCGCCCUUUCCGUCCUCGCCGUGCUCCGCCAGCGUGCUUUGGGGCAGCACGAGUCCUACUCUGCUCGGCGCGGGCUCGGCGGGCUCGUACUUUGGGCAGAGCCUCUCUCUCGACUCCAGCACAAGCAGCCAAGUGUCCACGUCGUCUGCUUCGUCCUCGGUGGUCUUUGCGCAGCCGGUGCUCGUCAGGCGCGGCGAUCGCGGGCGGAGUCGAGACAGCUUCGUGGCCGGGAGUGGAGACGGAGACAGUGACGGGUCACAGGCCCCGCCGAGGCGGAGUCUCCAAAAAAAGGGCCGGAAGCACUCGUCCACCGCCACUCGAACGAGUACUGGCGGCUGCGUGUUCCGCCCUCCUCGCCUCACGUCCCGAGGCGGUCGCGUGGGCGGUGUAGCCUCUGUCUUCAAUCCGCCGGAGACAGGCCCCGCGGCCGUGCCGACCAGUGUCUCUGGCAUCGGAGCCGCAGGGGUGACCACUCCGUGCCCUCGCCAUUUCUCUCUUUUGCCGUCUCUCUCACGCUCAGGGUUCCUCCUGACCGGCUCCGCCAUCCCCAAUUCCUCAGGCGCUGCUGCUGCGCUGUCCUCUCAAAAUCCAUCGUCUUCUGCUGUUCCCCGGAACCCCCUCGCGAGCGACAACAUGCUUCUCGCUGCGUCGUGGGGCGUCAGUUUCCACAGGACGAACGCCCGAGCCGGUGGGGCGACCUCCGGCUCGCUCUUGGGCUCCACAGCCUCCGGCGCGACGGGCGGCGCCAUCCCUCAGUCUUCUCCUCUUGUUCGGCGUGCGCGACGGCUCUCUGAAGGAGACGCAGGAGACAUCGGAGAAGAUGGGGAGGCAGUGGGGACAGCCGCGCGGCCUGGCGGGGGGACGGUACCAGCGUCUGGCGGGGACGUGCGGAGAGACAGAGAGUGUGGGGUUUCCUCGGGAAGAAACCUCGAGACAGAGGAGGGAGACGAGGGACAGCGAGAAGGGCGGCGCAGCGGCGACGGCGCGGAAUCGAAACGAAAGACGGGUGUAAGUGGCCUGGGGAAAAAAGAAGGGAAGAAGGGGAACCGGGCAGAUCCCAGGGAUAAGAAGGCUGCAAACCUUUCUGUAUCACCGAAAGGCUCAAGAGAGAAAGGCAGGAAUGCGGCGGGGGGAAGGGCUGGCGUUGCGCGCGAGGCGCCGCAUUCGGCAGGAAAAGAAAAUGUCGCAUCCUGGGCAGGCGUUGAAGCGUGA